AUGUCAAGGAGAUACGACUAAAAAACUAAUACCUUCACUCCAGAUGGCAGAUUGAAAUAAGUGGAAUAUGCAAUCGAGGCAAUUAAUCAAACAGGCUCAGCACUUGGAGUACUAACUAAUGAGGGAAUGAUUUUGGCUACAGAAAAACAAGAAGUAUCACAUCUCUUAGAACAUUCAAAACAUUCUGAGAAAAUCUAUCCAAUCGAUAGACACAUCUUCUCAGUUGUUUCAGGUCAUACAGCUGAUGCAAACAUUUUGAUUAAUUAUGCUAGAGAAGCUGCUGCCAAUCAUAGAUAUUAGUUUUAAGAUAACAUUGCCUUAGAAUAAUUGAUAAUAAACAUAUGCGAUUACAAACAGAAUAAAACCUAAGUAGGUGGGUAGAGACCUUUCGGAACAGCAUUCCUAUUUGCUGGUUAUGAUAAAAAAAAUGGUUUUCAAUUAUUUAGCACUGAUCCAUCAGGUAAUUAUGCUGGGUGGAAGGCCACUGCAAUUGGAAAGAAUAAUUUAGCAGCUAAUAGCUAUUUAAAGCAAGAUUACAAAGAAAAUUUAACCUUAGAAUAAGGAUUAGAUAUCGCAAUAAAAGCACUCGUGAAAACUAUGGAUACAUCGUCUCCUUAGCCUUCUAAAAUAGAGAUUGUCGUUAUCAGUUAAUAAGGAAAAGAAGUCAAGAGUAAAACCUAUAAUGAAAAAGAAGUUUUGAGUUUACUUUAAAAAAAUGGGUUUAGCAAUGAACAAAUGUAACAGGAAUGAUAUAAUCAAAUGUGUUUUAAAAUAAGUGGUCAAACCUUCUUAAUUAUUUUUAUAA